UUGAAGUCUCAGUGGAGAUGGAAAUGUUGCAUUUCACCCUGUUCGCUUUAACAUUCCUAAUUUAUCCUGACAAGACAUUCACCGAGGAGGACAAAUGUGAAGGGCUGUAUCCAGUCUUCUCUCCCUCAAGCCUGGUGGUCAGAUAUGGAGACCCUGUUUCAGCAACCUGCUCAGUUCCAAACACAACAAAGACCUCAAUGCAAUAUAGCGGAAUGGGUUUGGAGGCCAAACAAGGGGCCACUGAUGGUUUACAGGAGAACGUCAUGAACCUGACAUGGAGUGUGAGCAGUCUGACAGAGUGGGAAGAAGCGCAAGGGAUUCAGUGCUAUUCACAGUUUGAGGAACACGACCAAUGCAUCACUAAUCUGAGUGUGACCAUUUACAAGCCUCCAGACAGAGUAUCUCUCCGUUUUGUGAGUGGAUCUGGUCCGAUGGUUGAGGGGAAUCAGUACCAGUUGGAGUGUGAGGUCCAGAGUGUGGCUCCUGUUCAGAGCCUCACAGUGAAAUGGUUCAGAGGAAAAACAUUACUGCAUGAAUCCAAUGUCUCUCAGUGCUCUGUUACAGGUCACAGUUAUGAAGGUGUGACAGCGACUGACAGAUAUACCAUCACAGCCAGUAGAGAGGACCAUGGAGUCCAGUAUAAAUGUGAAGCUGAACUGAAGCUGGAUUUGCCUGAAUCCCUAAAAUACCAGUCAGAACCCAUCAGCAUCAGGAUCUCAAACCAUGGAUCUUCAACUAUGAUCAGUGGGCGUGUCACUGGGGCUCUCAUUCUUUUUAGCCUAAUGGAUUGGAUGUGGAUGAACUUUGUUAAUUUACAUACUAUUCUGUGAUUGGAAUAUUUCAGGCUUGGUUCAGUUGCUUAAGUCUGAGGGUUUCAUGGGGAAAGAGCUCGUGUUUUUGUACAGCCGAAUUGCAUUGGCCUUAUGUUUACGAAUUAGAUGCUUGCAAUAUUUUCAGUAGGAUUCUGUUGUGUCUUAAAAUCACAGAAUUGUACACUCACAUUUCAGUAAUGAAACAGUGGAGUGUGUAGUAAUACAGGAACCUGUGUCGGUAUAUAUAAAACUAUGUGUAUGGACAAUUUCCUGAGUUUAUAUGAUUAUUUUUUGGCUUUAUGUAAUCUGUGAAUCAAUAAACUUU